AUGAUGAACUCUUUCUGGUGGGGCCCGAAGUCCGAUGGAGGAAGGCGUAUUAAUUGGCUCAGUUGGGAUAAAUUAUGCCUUCGGAAAGAAGAAGGUGGACUGGGUUUUCGUAAUCUCCGUGAUUUCAACCUAGCCAUGCUAGGCAAACAAGGGUGGAACUUGAUCACUAAACCAGACUCUCUUAUUGCUAGACUCCUCAAAGCUAGAUAUUACCGUUCUGGGGAUUUUCUUUCAGCCCGUCUGGGCCAUAAUCCAAGUUUUACUUGGAAAGGGAUAUGGAGUUCUCGAGCCAUUCUCUUAAAGGGUAGUAGGUGGAGAAUUGGAGAUGACUGUAGUAUUGAUGUGUGGAACAACCCUUGGCUUAGGGAUGCGGAAAACUUUAAAGUUGAAACUCCUAUUAUGCAUGACUUAGCUCACUUAAAAGUUCAUGAUCUCUGGAUCCACGACUGUAAGGAGUGGGAUGUGGAAUUACUUGGGGAGAUAUUUUCACCUAGGGAUGCUUAA